AGUCGAUAUGAAGAAAGGGGAGAGAUCUUGAGGCAAGAUAGCGGUCGUUUCAGAUAGUAAACAGGCAGCACGUCCCAGAAAGGCUCCCGCCAAUUUCAGUCUCACGAGUUAACUAUGGAUAAAAGAAGACAAGAAGCCAGGAAACGAAUGAAGGGUAUAGAACAUGUCCUGACGUUGACCGUACAUAAAAAUCCCAUCGGGGGCUUCCUCGUCCCGUCCCUGAACCAAAGCACCCCAGGUAUUAUUUCUCGUUCCAUUUUCUUCAUUCAUUCCCGGUUCAUAUUUGCCCCAUGUCCUCCCCUCAUACACGUAGCCCACUUGCUCACGGGUAUCCUUCAACUCUCCAUCGCCGUCGUUUCAGCCAAUGAAUUGCCGAGGGGUAUAGUGGAUAUCAGAGAAGUAGUAAGUGCGUCGAAACAUGACAAGAAAAUAAUAAAGAAAAAAGAAAGCAGGAAAAAAAGGAGGAAAAACAGGACCUCGCGAGGAUGUCGUGGCUGGGCGCAUGCGUUGAAGGCAUACCGAAUUAGUGGUGUCUCAACGGCUGAACACCAAGGCAACGUUGGACUGUUGAAAAUCAGGACAAAUAGAGCAGCAGUUAUCGGGAAUGAAUCAUGACCGGUUGGAAAAUCCAGAGUGUGACAAUGCAUUUCCAAGGUUGGCGGAGAAGGAUCCUCCAGGUCAGCCAGCACUCAUUACUCAGGGGAACACCCUUUUUUUUCUUUAAAUGUUCUCGACAACGCGAGCGUUCAUGGCAGUUUGGAAACCGGGAUCGUGACCUCCAAAGUCAUUGAAGGUCGCGUUGUCCCGUGAGCCGCUGGACUCGCCUGUGGUGUUGGGGGCGUGGAAGUUCUGUCCCACCUCCGGCAUGGCUCCGGCGCCGUUGGCGCCUGGUAGGAAGAUGACCUUGCUGUUGGCCGACUUGGCCAUGGCCUGCAUGGCCUCGAGGUAGCGGAUCUGCAUGGCAGGCGCCGACGAGAGGAUG